GGCUGCCCAAUUAACCUUAAAAAUUAUGUCCAGUGAAACAUUGCAUGCCCCAUCGAGAACAGGAAUAUUUUUGAUUAGCCUGACAGGUGGAAUUGGAGUGGCUUUGAGUGUCAUAUGUAUUCCCUUCGUGAGUCCGGCUUUGAGGAGAAUAUGCCUGCCUUAUGUUCCGGCAACUUCUCAGCAAGUGGAGAAUGUCCUCCAGGCACUCAAAGGACGAACUGGAAACCUCAUUGAUCUGGGAAGUGGGGACGGUCGAUUAGUUUUCGCUGCCGCCUGCAAUGGAUUCCAAGCUUGCGGAGUUGAAUUGAAUCUGUGGCUAGUCAUGUAUUCGAGAUUGGCUGCCUAUUUUCGAGGGAUGGCGGAUAGAACGAAAUUUUAUCGACGAGAUCUCUUGAAAUUCGAUUUGACUAGUUACAACAAUGUCAUAAUUUUUGGAGUUCCACAAAUGAUGGAAGAGAUCGAACAAAAAUUCAUGACGGAAUUGAAAGAUAAUAGCACAAUUAUUGCCUGUCGAUUUCCCCUACCGAACCUGAAACCGGUCCAAAUAGUUGGUCAGGGCGUCGAUACAGUAUGGAUUUACAAACGUCCUCAUAAAAUUGAGAAUUAAUUAUUAUUAACUCAAGUAUAAAUUUACGUUCAUCCAGAGUUUAAUUCUAAUUAUUCGAAAUAAUUAUUUUUCAAAAUCACGUUAAAAACCAAAAAUCAUAAUAAU